UGGUUAUGUGGUUGUUUGCCUUUUUUUAAUAUUUUAGCGAUGGCAAAUUCCUUCACGGCCAGGAGCUGGCCCAUCCCCUGAGCAAAGGCAGCUCGGACAUGACCGGCAGGCGAGGCAGGAGGAGGAAUUUGGAUUCCCUUCGGAGGCGCCGACCCCUCCUCCGGCCGGGGGGGAGCGCGGAGCCGGCGGGGCUGGACCGGCCGCUGUCCCCCCCGGCCCCGCCCCGCCCCGCACCACGGGGAUGCGGCAUCUCCAGCGCCGGGACGGAUCCCUGCUGCAAUGAGAUCUGAGCCUUGAGGUGAGGACCUCGACCCAAAUACCUGCAGAGAGCCUGUGCUUCAGCCCUAAUCACAGUGUUAACGAGGAAAAACUUGACUGAAGUUAAUUAAGAGAGAAGAUGGCCCUCACCAGGAAGAUCUGCCUCUUCACUCUCAUGUUGCUUCCCAUGGUUGCAGCAACCCACUCCAACUGCAUCAUUAAAAAGGAGCAAGAGACUUGUCUGGAGAAGAUCCGGAGGGCAGCUGCCCUGAACCCUUUCAAUGACUCUUCUCCGGGUUGCCCAGGAAUGUGGGACAACAUUACAUGCUGGAAACCUGCAAGUGUGGGUGAAAUUGUCUUUGUCAAGUGUCCUGCACUGUUCAGAUUUAUCAUCCCUGAAGAUGGUUGGGAAGUAGAUAAUUUGGGGCAAACCCAUGCAGGUGAUUAUGACCUGCUGGAAAGCACAGCCCAGUCUCCCCUAGGGGACAUCAGCAGGAAUUGCACUGAGGAUGGCUGGUCUGAACCUUUCCCUCAUUAUUACGACGCCUGCGGCUUUGACGAAAACGAGACAGAGUCCGAUAACCAGGAUUACUACUACCUGUCUGUGAAGGCUCUGUACACGGUGGGAUACAGCACUUCCCUGGUGUCCCUCACCACUGCCAUGGUCAUCCUGUGUCGUUUCAGGAAGCUUCACUGCACCCGGAAUUUCAUCCACAUGAACCUCUUUGUUUCGUUCAUCCUGCGUGCAAUAUCCGUGUUCAUCAAAGAUGGGGUUCUUUAUGCUGAACAGGAUGGCAACCACUGCUUCAUCUCAACAGUGGAAUGCAAAGCAGUGAUGGUGUUUUUUCACUACUGCGUCAUGUCCAACUACUUCUGGCUUUUCAUUGAGGGGUUGUACCUUUUCACUUUGUUGGUAGAAACCUUUUUCCCAGAGAGGAGAUAUUUCUACUGGUACACAAUCAUUGGCUGGGGUACCCCAACAAUCUGUGUCACUGUCUGGGCAGUGCUGAGGCUUCACUUUGAUGACACUGGCUGCUGGGACAUGAAUGACAACACUGCCUUGUGGUGGGUGAUCAAGGGUCCUGUGGUUGGAUCAAUCAUGAUAAACUUUGUGCUUUUUAUUGGCAUAAUUGUGAUACUUGUGCAGAAACUCCAGUCACCUGAUAUCGGGGGCAAUGAAUCCAGCAUUUACUUGAGGCUGGCUCGCUCCACGCUGCUGCUCAUCCCCCUGUUUGGAAUUCACUACACAGUGUUUGCUUUUUCUCCUGAAAAUGUCAGUAAGAGGGAGAGACUGGUGUUUGAGUUGGGACUGGGAUCCUUCCAGGGUUUUGUUGUUGCUGUUCUCUACUGUUUCUUGAAUGGGGAGGUGCAAUCAGAAAUAAAGAGAAAAUGGAGGAGCUGGAAAGUCAACCGGUAUUUUGCUGUGGAUUUCAAACACCGCCAUCCUUCUCUAGCGAGCAGCGGAGUGAACGGGGGGACACAACUGUCCAUUCUGAGCAAGAGCAGCUCUCAGAUUCGGAUGUCCAGCAUAAAUGCGGAGAACCUGGCCACAUGAGCAGCUGAGGGAGCAAAUCCAUCGGGAGCAAACCAAAAACCGCCCCUCGAAACAGAAAAAAAAAAUGAAACAAUAGUUUUGGUUGUGGUGGUGUAGGUCUCUCCUCCUUCUCCUUCUCCUUCUCCUUCUCCUUCUCCUUCUCCUUCUCCUUCUCCUUCUCCUUCUCCU